AUGGCCAUUGACACAUCGGUAUGGUACAAGCCGCUGAUCGGACGGCGGCUCAAGGCCCCUACGCGAUAUGUGUUUGAGAAAUGGAGUGGAGUAUCUGGCAAAGAACUCAUUGCUCAUCUGCAUUCAAUCCGUGAUAAAGCUUGGCCACUGGGCGAGUACCCUUGCGUGGGUGAAUGGAUCUUCCUGCUCCCUAGCAUUUCAGCCUUCAAACAGUUCCCGGAGAUUGUACAUCGUGCAAAGAAGGGUGCUACAAUCCUGGACAUUGGGUGUUGUUUUGGGCAGGACCUACGUCGCCUUGCUGCUUAUGGAGCACCAACGGAGUCUAUGUACGCUCUCGAUAUCAAUUCGUCGCUCUGGGACCUGGGUUAUGAGUUAUUCAAGGACGCAGACCGAAUGAAGGCCACUUUUCUUGAGGGUGAUUUUCUUCAGGAUAAUUCCGCACUGUCCUGCCUAGAUGGUAAAACUGAUGUCAUUAUCGCCUGCCAAUUCCUACAUCUGUUUGGAUGGGAGAACCAGAUCAAGGCGAUGAAACGAGUUGUGACGCUUUCAAGGCUGGGAACAAUGCUCAUUGGAUACCAGCAGGCUAGAUUGCAAGCAAGGGAAUAUAUCAGGCCCUGGGGAAUGAUGUUUUACCACAACGUUGAAUCAUUUCACGAGAUGUGGGAGAUUGUGCAGCAAGAAACGGGGACACGCUGGAGUGUGACCGCGCAGCUCGUGGAUUUACAUGAAUGGGGGAUGGAGGACGAGGAUGUAGAAUGGAUGCCACAAGACAGAAUGGGAAUCAAUUUCGUCGCUACUAGAGAGGAAUAG